AUGUUCGCCAAGAAAGCUAUAGUCGAUUUUUCGAAGAAGGCUACAUCUCUAAGGGGUAUGACUGUUAGGUUUAAUUCAAAUGAAGGAGCCACUGGUGCAGUGAGACCUAACGGUUCGUCUGACAAUUUCAGAAAGAGAGAACAAGCGCAGGAAGACUUUUACAUUAAGAAACAACAACAAGAGCAAAUCGCGGCCUUAAAAUCUCAGCUAGCCAAACAAAAGAAGCAGUUGGAUAAGCUGGAAGCAGAGGCAGCAAAGAGGGAUUAG